AUGCUAGCAAACAUGAAAAAAUUGUGCUUUAUCCUCGUUUUAUCUCUGACAACCAUACACGUCAAGAGUUUACCAGCAGAUCUAAUGGGCAUUUUCGCAGUAUCUGAUGGUAACGCCCCAACCAGGUCGAGGCCUAUUGCCGUCGAAUCGUCCCAGACCACCGCUGGCGUUGGUCCUACGUUUAAUUCAAAUGCUUUCAUUAGCAAAGUUCGAUCUAUUGCUAUUUUCACCGAAACAAGUGGAUCAAGUGAAGCAAAAGAACCAACCAAUUAUAAUAUCGCACUCACCGUAACAAAGUAUUCAAAUAAAGCAACAGCAUUAAUUAAUAUACCUACACGCACCAGAUCAAGCAAUUCAAGUAAAACAACAGCACCAACACCCACCGAAACAAGUCAUUCAAAUGAAGCAAUAGCAUUAACUAAUCUUAAAUCAUGCGAAACAACCAAGACAAGUGAAGCAACAACAUCAACUGAUAUCAUUACACCCACAGAAUUAAUAGUACCAACUGAUAUUACAUCCACCUAUUCAAUAGCACCAGCCGAUAUCACAUACCACCGUCUUUCUACGCCAACGUUUACUACGACCACACCAACAAUAAUUGUUUCCAAUAGCCCUACUCUAAUACCGACGGUUGCCGAAUCGAAUAGUGCGAUGAGAACUAAUUCAAAUAACCCUUUCCUUAUGCCGACAAGUAACGCGGCCAAGCCAACAGCAACUACUUUUAAUAACUUUUCUACGGUUACCGAGUGGAUUAGUACCGGUAAGACGUUUACUACGAGCAAACCAUUAACAAGUAUUAUCUCAUCACCCACUUUGGUUGUAUCUAGUGGUAAGUCACAGUCACAUUGA